AUGGGGGAGGUCUGGGUCAGAGCUGGGGGACGAGGGCGAGGGGCUUUGGCAGAGAUGGGCGGGGGCUUGGCCGGGCGCGGGGCAGCUCGCUGCAGCCGCGCGGAGGGCCGAGGCUCCCGCUCCGCGGAGCGGCGGGUGCAGAAAAGGCGCCGCGGAGCCGCGCGGGGCGGGCGGGCGCCGGGCCGGGCGCGGGCUCCUGCCGCCGCCUCCUCGCCACGCCGCCCCCCACCCCCCGGCUCCCCGCUUCCCCGCUCUGAGCACCGCCCGCGCCGCGCGCCGCCUCCUAUUCGCGGGCGGCGGCCGCAGCCCAGGGCUCUGAAAACCGGCGCCGCAUCCUCCUCGGUCUCCGAGCGCCGCCGCGGCCAAACCAGGUUCCUCCGGCCGCUCCGGCCGCUGCCCGCAGCGCGCGCCGGGCCGAGUGACGGCCGAGGCGGGACGCGGCGCCUGCGCGGGCCGGGCCCGGGAGGGGGCGCGCGCCGGGCUGGGCGCGAGGAGCCGCGGGAGAAGGGGCGGGAGGGGGGUGAGGGGGGUGGGGGCGACGCGCGCCGCCUCCUGUUAAAGGGGGAGCAGCGCCAGCCGAGCCAAGCGCACCCUCCCCCUCCCCGCCCUGGGCCCCAGGCGCCGGCGCGGGAGAAGCCCCGGGAUGAGGCGAUCCGCGACACCACUCCGGAGAUACCCCCGGCCCGAGGCAUCUCGCGCAACCAGAGUCUCUGGGACCCUGAGGGCUGA